AUGGNUUAUUUCUAUCUAGUGGAGUUUGGCGCUCAUGAGUCGUACCUUGUGAAGUUGGCUUUGGAUGGCAGCGAUAAGGAAUUGAUCCCUAAGAAUGGAGCCAAAUACGAGAGCACUGACCAAGGAAACGCUUUGUACUUGGAUGGAGCCGAUGACUUCGUCUUAGUUCCAAGAUUUUCAUUUUACGAUAAAAGUUUUACAUUUGGUGUCUGGGUCAAGUUAGCUGUCUCAAAGGAUCACACGAUUUUUGGUGACGACAACGGCWACGCUGGCCAAAAAUCCUUCAAUUUUAUAGUCAACAGUGAAAAUCGCGUAAAAGUGAUCAUGUGGUUUUCAGGUGCCCAUACAGCUGUUACAUAUUCUUAUGGGUCAGUUCCCAUCAAUCAAUGGUGUCAUAUUGGCCUUAGCUUURAUAAGRAUACACAUAGAGUCAAGAUCUACCUCAAUGGCUCGCUAGACAUCAGCAAAGUGGGGAGYUCUGUAGGGAAAUCAAGGUUGGUAAAUAAUCCGACCUAUUAUUGGAUUGGAAAAGUCGGUUAUUCGAGUCAACCCACGUUCAGUGGCUGGAUGAAAGGUCUAUUGAUGGUCCCACGCAUUCUGGAAGAUUCUGAAAUAAAAGCUCUUGUAGRUGGACGGAGUACUUGGAUCGGCCUAAACGACAAGGCAAAUGAAGGGGCACUUGAGUGGUCGGAYGGAACUCCACUGACCUACAAGGACUUGAAACAGUUGAACACUGAGCCAAAAGACUGUGGUUUAGUGACACUAGUAGAAAACUUUCCUGAAAAAUGGAGCAUGAGAGACUGUCAGGAAGAAUCGUUCUUCAUUUGCAGAAAGUAGCAAGUGCAAGCAACAAGCCUAAAUGUCCUCAAUCUAAAUCAAGCGGCUCCACCCAUUAAAGGAGUCUAGGCUAAAGAAAAGGCUAGAAACACAUAACUUUCCCUGCCAGUAUCGACAAGCAUUGGAAAAAAU